AUGGAUAAAUCAUUCGGAUGUAAAUAAAAGAUUGAAAAAAUAGAGAUUAAAUUUAUGGUUGUUCAAGCACUAUAGAAAUCUUAAAGAAUUUAGAUUAAAUAAGAAAUUUAGAAUGGAUUGGAAAAUAUGGUAAAGAUAACAAAAAAGUUGGCAUGUGGACAGCUUUUUGGAAUGGAGAAAAACAAUAUGGAGUAGGUGGAUUUUACUUAGACGAUGGAUCAAAGCAGGGUCUUUGGAAAGAAUUAAGACAUAAUUAUUCUAAGUAAAAUUUAAUAAUAAAAUAUAAGCUAUGCUCCAAUUUAUGAAAUUGGAGAAUAUGUCAAUAAUUAAAAAAGGGGAAUAUGGAAAUUUAUUUUAAAAAAUAAUAUCAUGUAUUAAUUUUUGAUAAUUUUUAGUGGUGGUGGAAAGUAUAAUGAUUAAGGAAAAAAGAAUGGUAAAUGGAUUGAAUUGAGUAAUUAUUUCUUAAGGUAUUUAUUAUAAACAUAUUUUAAUGUCAGUAAAUGUUAAGUCAGUUAUGUAGGGGAAUAUAAAGAUGGUAGGAAAGUUGGUAUAUGGUUUAUAAAUUUGCAUAGGAGAAGAAAUAAUUAAUUAAUGUAAGAUUAUUAUUAGAUUAGCAUAUUUAAUUAAUGGAAUUAAUUAGAGGAGGAGGAUUAUAUAUAGAAAAAAAAGAGGAGGAUGGUUUCAUUAAAAAGGGAAAAUGGGUUGAAGAAUUAGAGGGAUAUGAAGAGUAUCUAUAUAUAAUUGAAAGAUAUAUUUCUAGGCCUAGCCAUAUUACUUUUUAGGGUGAAUACUAUAAUGGAAUAAAAGUUGGUAUUUGGGAUACAAAAAAUUUACAUUCUUGUAAUCUAAAGCUGUAAUUUUUAUUAAUAAUAUUGAUCAAUAAAUUAGAGGUGGAGGAUUAUAUGAAAGCCAGCUCAAUGUUGAUGGUUUACUCACUUCAGUCAAAGUAGGAAAAUGGAUUGAUUUGUGCGAUUGCUUUCAUUAGUAUUUUAUCUAUAUUAUAUAUUAAAAAGUUAUCGAUUUAUCACAUAUGAAGGCGAAUAUCAAAAUGGUAAAAAAAUUGGUAGUUGGGAUAUUAAAUGGGAAUAAAAUAAGAUGUAAUAAUAAUAUUUGAAAUUAAAAUAGAGGUGGUGGAUUUUAUGAUGAUAACAGUGGUGAUGAUUUUAUUGAGGAUUCAAUUAAAAUUGGAAAUUGGAUUGAACAAUCAGAUACAUUUAAUCAGUAUUAAUUAUUUUUGAUUAUUUAGUACUAGCUAAAUUACGUAUGUUGGAGAAUAUUAAAAUGGUAAAAAACAUGGAAAAUGGGAUACAUAUUUCAGGCAUAAUUCGAAAUAGAUAAUGUAAUUUUAUUUCCUUUUUUUAUAGUGGUGGGGGAUAGUAUGAAGUAAAACAAAAAGAUGGUAUUUUUUAUUCAUCGAAAAUUGGAUUUUGGACUGAAAUAUUUGAAUUUUUUAAUCCGUAUUUUUCUUGAUUACAAAAUUAUUAGAGGAAGAUCACUUUCUUAUUCUGGUGAAUAUGAGAAUGGUCUUAAAGUUGGUAGAUGGAAUACAUUUUAUGUGACGAUAUUCUGGGAUAAAGUUCGAUUUAUGUAAGUGAAUUUAUUUUUUAUUCCAAAAAGUGGAGGUGGAUACUAUUCUAUAUUGGAAGAAUAAGAAAUUUUGGGUUCAUUGAAGACUGGUAAAUGGAUUGAAGUUGAAACUGAAUAUUUUAACAAUUAUUUUAUCAUUUCUACUGGAGAAUAUAAUUAUGGUAAGAAAGUUGGUAGAUGGGAUAUUUGGUUUUAAGAAGAAAACGAAAGUAUGAUAAUGUAAUUAAUCAUAUUAUAUACAUGAGUAUUUCAGUGGUGGUGGAACAUAUAAUGAAGCAGGAGUUAAGGUAGGUAAGUGGGUUGAUUUGAAUGCCAAAUUUUGGGAUGCUAAAUAAUUAACCUAUAGUGGUGAAUAUAAAAAUGGUAAAAAAGUAGGGCAAUGGGAUAUUGAGUAUAGGUAAGAUAAAGAUAAACCAUUAUUUAAAAUGUAAAAAUUAACAUAUUUAGGAGGUUAAGUGGUGGUGGAUCAUAUAAUGAGAAAGGUGAUGGAGUUAAAAUUGGGUAAUGGAUUGAGUUAAAAGGAAAAUCAAAGAAUGUCACUAAUAAUGGGGAAUAUUAAAAGGUAAAAAAGUUGGUACAUGGCUUGUACUGA